AUCAAUUCAGCCAUCUUCCUGGAAUAUGGCCAUGAUCAUCGUCAACAAUUUUUUAACUUUUAAUUUUUUUGGUUACAGAGACUUGAAACAAUAUAACAAUUUGGUCAUUGAUUCUUAUUAUAGAAGGUAUCCGCGUCAUGGGCAUCCUCACCUAUAAGGAUAGGUCCGAGGUCAAUCCGGAGUGCAGACGCGGACUGAAGAGGAACUUCUGGUUUGGUGCAAUUACAUUGGCGCCAUCUGUGGGAAUCCGAACUGAAGGCUUCCUUGUUGCUCUUAUCAUGGUUAAUACUAGGUCAGUCCGAGCUGGAAACUCAUCUCAACCUCUUGGACGAGGUCAAGUCCCCAGCAACCUUCCACCUCACCUCCCACCUCCAAUCCCAAAUACAUUCCCUCAUGUUGACCAUGCAGAAGGAGGAGAUGAAAACCAACCACACAAUUCGGCUCACAACUCAGCCUUUACUGCCAACCAAGAUGUAGUUGCGGCUCAGCUCGCUGCCAUUCAACAACAGUUUGGUGUCUUUCAGCUAGUGCUGGCUCAGCUAUUAACCCGGAACAAUCCUGCUCAGCAACCUCUCCCUGAUGAUGUCACUCGACGUCUAGACAGCCUGGAAAAGUUAGUAGUUGAGCAGAGGGGUGCCCCACCUCCACGUCAUGCCAUGGACUCCAUACCUCACCCUUUAAACACCAACAUCACAUUAGAACCCUACCCUGCUGGCUUUAGAAUACCUCAACUUGAGACUUAUGAUGGGACGAAGGAUCCUGAUGAUCACCUGCAUGCUUUCUACUCUUGCAUGCAAGCCCAGAAUGCCUCUAAUGCGUUGAUGUGCAAAAUCUUUCCCUCUACUCUUCGAGGUAAUGCUCAAACCUGGUAUUAUAGUCUAUCUUCGAGGUCAAUCAGCUCUUAUACAGAUAUGACAUCUACUUUCGCCACAAAGUUUUCCAGUAGAAGGUUGAUCAGGAAAACCACUUUUGAGCUGAUGCGAGUGAGGCAGAGGGACAGAGAGUCUUUGAAGAAUUUUAUGAGCAGGUUCAAUGAUGCAGUACUGGAGGUUAGCUCUUUCGACCAGGCUGUGGGAAUUACAGCUGUGAUCUCAAGUCUUAGCCAUGAGAGAUUCAGAGAUAGUCUGCUCAAACAUCCUACCACCACCUUCAGCGAGGUAAAUGAUAAGUCGUUGAAAUUCAUAACUGCUGAAGAGUAUGCCUUGUCGCAAAAACCAGCCCCCUCGAAGAACCAAAACCUAGACUGGCGAGAUGAGAAUCUAAGCAGGAAGCGGAUGAGGAUAGCACAGAACCGAGGUCCAGUGUCGACCUCCGCACAGAGAUUCGGAAGGCUGAACUCUACACCCUCACAACAGUCUGAAGGUAAACCUCCAGUUAACUGGACUCCUUUUAAUUUGCCGAGGUCACAGAUUUUCAUGCAGAUCAAGAAUAAGAUGGAUUUAAGGCGUCCUGGCCCAAUGAGAACUACCGCUACUAGCCGAGACCAUAUCAGAUAUUGUGAUUUUCAUCAAGAUCACGGUCAUACAACAGAGCAAUGCAACAGCUUGAGGUCCGAGCUGGAAAGUCUUGCCCGGAAGGGACUGUUGAAUGAGUACAUUCAGAGAGCUGAACAGCCAAGGUUUGUCAGAGAACAAAGGCCACAGCCUCAGAGAGUCCGUAACCCACCAAAUAGGCAAGGUGUGGGAUAUCAGCAAACCCCACCUCUGCUCCCACCACCAGCUAGAAUCAUACACAUGAUCAUAGGAGGCCUGAAAGCAGUCGUCACACCUCACAAUGACCCUCUAGUCACUUCUGUCAUGAUUAACAGUUGUGAGGUACAGCGUAUCCUUGUUGACACAAGAAGUGCACCAGAUAUAAUAUACUUCCAUUGUUUUGAGAGUCUUGGGCUGGAUCCAGCUUUGUUGCAGAAGUAUGAUGGUCCCAUCUACGGAUUCAACAACCAACCAGUUCUAGUUGAAGGAGUCUUAACCAUGAAUGUUGCAUUUGGAAGUGGCCGAAAUUAUGUGACCCCUUCAGUUAGGUUUCUAGUAGUCAAGAUGACGUCCUCCUUCAAUGUUGUUAUUGGUCAACCUAUGCUGACUGAGAUCCGAGCUGUAGUUUCCUAGUCUCACCUCUGCAUGAAGUUCCCAACUCCUAUGGGAAUAACAACACUGCGAGGCAACCAGGAGGUGGCUAGACAUUGCUAUAUCACCUCGGUAACACAACCUAAGAAGGGCAAAGAUCAGACACCCGAGGUCAUCCGCCAACAAAUUCCUGAUAAUCAG